AUGUUUAAUUCCAAGCAGUGGCCUUCCGCUGCUGUUCCGAACCAGAUUGAGGCUUACUUGAGCUUGGAGUCGGAGAAAACCAUUGUUGGCAAUUUCGGGACUUAUGAAUCGGCCGUCCUGGGUGUUGCCAACAUGGACAAAUUGCAAGAGCUGAGAAGAUCUAGACCCAAAAGGCCUAGGCCAACGAUUCCUGGGCCCUAUCCUCCUAAAGGGCCAAUCAUAGAUCAUCAAAAGGAGUUCGGUCUUUGGGCCAUAAAGUUGCCAUCAGCUGACUCUAUUGUGGUAAGAAGAACGCUCUCAACGCUAGCAGAACAUCCCCACGGUCUUCCCGGAGUCAAUGAGACCGGCGAGCAGAUUGAAAAAAGGGAGAAAUUCUGGUCUGCAAUGAAGCCAGCUCAUUUUGGGGUGAAGCUGGGAUCCAAGAGCCUGUUGGGCAUCUUUCGAGUCAUCACUCUAGGCGUGUUCAUGGGGCUCCUGGGUAGAAGCUCCAUUGGUAGGUGGCUGCUCCUAAAGUUCCCGUCAUUCUUCAGCCUUGGAUGGUUCAAGAAGAAGGGUCCUUCGGAGGAAGAAGUUGAGAGUGCUUCAUUCAAGAUGUGGUUUGUUGGACGUGGGUACAGCGACCUGAGUCAAGCCUCAGCUGGGGACAAGAACAAGAAGCCCGAUGCAGAGAUCAUAACGAGAGUGAUGGGCCCUGAGAUUGGCUACCUGACGACGCCUAUUGUGUUGCUCCAAUGUGCUCUUAUUGCUCUGGGACAACGUGACAGUCUCCCCAAAGGAGGAGUUCUCACUCCCGGGAUUGUGUUUGGUUCGACGGAUCUUCAAGAACGGCUCCAGCAAAAUGGGAUUUCAUUUGAUGUCAUUUCGAGGAAAAAUGUGACUACUUAGUGGCUGGAGGCUCCCAAUCAUAUCGAAGUAAGACAUUGAUGAUCUAUCACCAAUAAUUGUGAAGCUAACCGCUUGAGUAUUGAGUCAACAAAGGGGCCGAAGAUUGAUCCAGGGUAUUCCAAUUACAGGUUGAGAGAGAUUACAAUAUUAGGAGUGUUUUAGUGUUCAUCUCUGUUUUCGAUUUCCAGCUCUGUUGUAUUAACUUUGAUACCACUUGUAUCAACCCUCAUCUCACGGUGGAUCAUAACGAGCCGGGGGUAGGAAUGGCAAUGGGGCAGGUCCGGGGCGGGUUUCUUGGUACCCAGACCCGUCCCGUGGCAGGACGGGUCCAGGUCGGGUAAUUGAUCACGGGUCGCGGGUCGGGGCAGGUCGACCCAAUGGGUAUGCAAUUUAUAUGAAAAACAUUAGAAAUAUUCGUUAUUUUUAUUAUAAGACUAAGAAAACAAAUAAUAUUAUGACAAUUGUAGUUAAAU